AUGGGUACUGCUGCUAAUGGUGCUGGCACAAAUCCAGCUGAUGAAGGCAUUGUACCUAGAUCCAUGGCACUUUUAUUUGACUUACUUCAUCAUAAUAAUCAAAAUGAAAGACCGAUUUCACCUACUUCUUCGGUCUCUUCUUCCACUACCACAUCCAACAAAAGCAGUAGACUUCGACCCAAAUCAAGGAUUGGACGUAGUUCUCAUGUGCCUCAAGUCAAUCAUUCACCCAAGACAAAGUUCACUGUCAAAGUGUCCUUUAUUGAAAUUUACAAUGAAGAUUUACACGAUUUAUUGAAUUCAGCUCCGAUGGAAGAACUGCCACCGAUUACAAUUCGUGAAGAUACCAAAGGCAGGAUUUAUUGGACAGGCGUCAAGGAAGUUACUGUUCAUAGUACAGACGAUGUUCUCUACUAUCUCGAGCAAGGUACCCAAAACAGAGCAACAGGUGCCACAGACAUGAAUGAAAAAUCAUCACGAUCGCAUGCUAUUUUUUCAGUAUCACUCAGACAAGAAAAAUGGGUGCCUUCAGAAACCAAGAAAAUGGCAAGACCUCAGAGUUCAUUAAGUUUGCGUUCUUCAAAGCAACCUCAAUUACCCCAAGAAGAAGGCGAAUGGCUUAUUACUACCUCUAAAUUUCAUUUUGUGGAUUUAGCAGGCAGCGAAAGAUUAAAACGAACAGCUGCUGAAGGUGACCGUCGCAAAGAAGGUAUCAAUAUCAAUGCAGGUUUACUUGCCUUGGGCAAUGUGAUUUCUGCUUUAGGAGAUCCUUCAAAAAAGAAUGUCCAUGUACCUUACCGUGAUUCAAAAUUGACUCGUCUUCUUCAAGACUCAUUGGGUGGUAGUGCCACUACACUCAUGAUUGCAUGUGCCAGUCCUGCAGAAUAUAAUUUAGCAGAAACCAUCAAUACAUUGCAAUACGCUAACCGUGCUCGAAACAUUAAAAAUCGAUCUGAAAAAAACCAAGUAGAAGAAUGGAUGACAACAGAAAAUGUUGAACUCUUACGCUCCAUUAUCGGAAAACUCAAAAACGAACUAAACUAUCUGAAAGCAAGCAACAAAAUAUCCUCCUCUUCCUCGCAGCCCCAUGAAGAUAUGGACGAUGCCAUGUCUUCUACUUCUUCAGCUCAUUCUAUGGAAGAAAUUUAUCAUGAACAACGCUUAUUGAUUGCAGAUCUUCAGCGACAAUUAGAAGAAUUAGAUGGUGAGGCCUCUGUUACAAGAGAACGAAAUCGCAUGGUUGAAAAGGAACUUCAGCGUGUGCGUCUGUUGGAAAGCAUGGCACAGAACCAACAAGUUGAUUUUCAACAUUUAGUUGAACCUGUCAUUGAAGAAUACGAAAAAAGUGUGAGCAAAUUAGAAUCUCAAUUGGCCAUGACAAAAGCAGCACUUAAUCAUUCGGAAAUGGGAUAUGAAGAACAACAGGCAAAAAUCACACAAUUGGAGGGCCUUAUUCGUACACAAGAACAGACAAUUAGCGAACUUCGAUCACGUUUGACUAAACUGCUUGAACGCGAACAAAGUAACGAGAGUUAUAUUCAUGAACUUGAAACAAAAUUGCUCAAGAGCGCCAGCGAGACGCAUAAAGAUCAAGAAAUGCUCAAUGAAUUAAAGACUCGUAUUCUCAAAUUUAAAGAGACAGAUGAAAAUACAGAACAGUACAUUAUCAACCUGGAACAACGUUUAGCUGCCAGUGAUGCUGAAAAGGCGCGUUUGCAGCAAUGCGUAGAAGACUUGGAAGCCAAGAUUGAAGCAAAAGAACGCACCAAUGUCGAACUGUUGAAGCGACUCUCAAAGACCAAUGUGUCCAAAGAAAAAAUGAUUCAAGACGAACUCAAUCAAGUGAAUGUUAAAUACGCUGAAUUAGAAAAGGAACGAGAUGUGCUUCAACAACAAAUUGAUCAGCUCCAAAAAGACCCAAGGCAUAGUUACUCAGAAACAAGUCAUGAUAGUCAGUAUGAUGAUGAAUUUAGUCAACGCAGACUUUCGAGCUCUUCAUCAUUGACAAGUGCUGGUAAAAAAGCACGCAAUAGCCGCAAGAGUUUUGCGGAUGAGCCCGAAGUGUCUAUGGCUGCUUUGAUUCAAACAGAAGCACGUCUCAAAGAAGAAACCGAGAGAGCAGAUCAUUUACAGCAUACACUCGAUCGUUUACAAUUUGAUCAUGAAGAGACUGUGAAAGAGCUUGACGAAGUAUUGCAACGGUACCAAGAAACACUUGAACAACUCGAAUUUGAACGUGACUCUAUAUCGAAUAGAAAAAGUACUGAUCUCAGUAAUGAAAUUGCACAAGCUACUAAAGAACAAGAAAAAGUAGCACUUGAGAACCAAAUCAAGGAUCUUGAGCAUCGUGUGCAAUCCUUGGCCAAGAAAAUUGCUAUUCAGGAUUCUGAACUCGAAAUUGCUCAUAAUACAAUACAGAAAUUAGAGCAAGAAUUAGAGACAGUGCAUAAACAAAGAGAAGAACAAGAAAAUGAUGACCAAGAUCUCAAGGCACUUUUGGCACAAGAAAAAAAACAGGCAUCUCAUUGGCGAAUUGUUCAUAAUGAGCUCAAGCAAGACAUGGCCAAGCUCACAAGUGAUUUAGACGGCAAGGAGCGAUUCAUUAGUCAACUGAAAGAAAAACUGGAUGAAGAUGGUACCAGCCGUGAAAGCCUUCAGACACAAUUAGAUCAAACAAGCCAACAAGCAACGGAAUUACAAAAGCGAUUAGCAGAAACAACGGCUUCUUUGGCUGUCUUAAAAGUGGCUCAUGAUGAACUUCAAAAGAAAUUAGAACAAGAACAAGCCAAAAACAAACUAGUCCAAAACAACCAAAAACUUGAGUCUGAACUUGCUCAUGCUCAGCAUAACCUGGAUACCAAAACAAAUGAACUCAACACUUUAUUAGCACAAGCAGUGUCUGAUAAAGAAGCUGCUUUACUAAAAUUGGCUGAGAUGGAACAAGACCAGACCAGCAACAUACAGAUGGACGAAUUAAAGCAGUCGUUUGAGACCACAUUUGAUGGCCUCAAAAUCCAGAUUUCGUCACUUGAAAAAGAAUUAGCAGCAUCAAAAGCAUUGACUGAAGAGCUCAAAGCUGAUCAUCAAGUCCAAAUCAACGAACUAACACUCAAUUUUGAGAAUGCGUCUCGGCAACUCUUGGAACAAAUUGCUGAAUUAGAGCAUGAGCUGGAACAGUCAAAAGCAACCCAUACCAAGGCUCUUUUAGAUCACGACAGUGAGAUGAUGGAACUCUCUAAAAACUUUGAACAUGUCACACGUGAAAUGGAAGACCAAAUAUCUGAAUUGGAAAGUGAAUUAGAAGCCUCUAAGGACUUGCAUCAAGAAAUCCUCUCCAGUCAUAAUGAACGCAUGCGCAAUGUGACACAGUCUACACAAAAAGAACAGCAAGAGACGCAACAGAAAUUAGAGCAUCAAAUUCAAGUACUUGAAGCUGAAUUGGCUCAACUAAAACAAUCUCAACAAAAACAACUGGCAAGCCACAGUACCAACAUAGACCAAGUCAAGUCAGAAUACCAACAGCAGUACGAUACACUCAAAAAACAAAGAGAUGAGAUGCAACUUGAAUUUGAAGCCAUGAAAACAGGUCAUGCUGACCAAUUACGUCAAAUGAAGAUUGAACAUGAACAAAAUAUGAAUCAUGGUCGAGCUACUUUAGAACAAGUUCAAAACAAACUGGACAUGUUGGUAGCUGACAAUGAAAAGUUGCAGAAAGAAAAGCAAACUUUAGAGACAGAAAUCAAGGCAUUACAACGAGAACUAGCGAAUUCACCUUCCCCUGUUCCUCCUCCUCCACCUCAAGUCACUAUUCAUAAAAACAACAGCUCAGAACGUGUGGCUGAAAAAAUUGCUCAAUUAGAAUCACAACUUCAAACUGCGUCACCCAAAAAUCAAACCACAUCUGUGAGUCUUCAACGACAACUAGAUCGCCUUCAAGUUCAGCUAAAAGAAAGCAACGACAUGGUUAAACAAUUAGAGGCAGAUGCCAAUGAACAUAGCACACAUGAGGCAGAGUUACGCCGCUUACAUGAUGAAAAACAAGCACAGGUUGAACAACAAGCCUCACAAAUGAAACAGCAGACAAAAGAGAUAGAGUCACUCUCGGUUCAAAUCAGACAACUCCAAGACAAUAGCCGCAUGACUGAUCUUGAGAAACAAAUGAAGCGUAUACAAGAAGAAAAUUCAGAAUACACAGCACUUGCAGAAGAACUUGAAAAAGAAAUCAACCGAGUGACAGAAGAGAAAGAAAGUUUGGCGGAUGCCCUGGAGGAGAACCAAGAAGCACUUGAGGAAUAUCAGCAGAAAUUAGAGCAAAUCCAAGCCAUGUUGGGCCUUUCAAACAAACAUGACCUUGCAGGCGAAUUAAAGCAGGUCAUAGAAGAAAGAUCGGCUAUGUCAACUAAAUUAGCUCAGAUGGAAGCACAAGACCAGUCAUCUGUGAACAAUAAGAUUGACGGAUCGGGAGCUCUGUCACAAACUAUGAUUUCUAAUGCCGAUUAUGAGCAGUUAAAGAAAGAUUAUCAAGAGCAAAUGAAGCAAAUGGUGUCUCGACAAGAAUUAGAAGAACAAGAGCAAAAAUACCAAGUGUCUGAGAAAGCAAGGAAGAAAUUGGAAAAGCAACUGGAAGAACUUUUGGCUAAAAAGUCUUCCUUUCUGUGUUUCUAA